UUUAGAGUGUCAAAACAUGUUAAAUUGUGAGAAGCCCGCUCUUUUAAAUGCCAAGGAUCCAGUUUUCUCGCCCCAAAAUCCACCGCGCGCCGGCCGCCGCCCACCACUCCACUCCAUCCCGGUCCCCGACUCCCGCGGCUCCCGUUCCCCGCGCCAUGGCCUUCCCUCCCCUCACCUCCCUCUCCUCCUCCUCCUCCCCCGCCCCCGCCCCCUUCGAUCUCCGCCUCCAGCCCCUCCGCAGCCCGCUGCUCCACCCCGCGCUCCCCUUCCCGCGCACCCUCCCGCUCCACCUCCCGUCUCUCCGCCUCGCGCGGUCCCACCUCCCUCCCAUCCCGCUCGCCUCCUCCGGCAUAGGCGGCGGCGAUGACGACCUCCCCCGGGGCGGCGGCGGCGGGGGCGGCGGAGGCGAGGGGGACGGUGGUAGCGCAGACGGGAAUGGGGACGACGCUUCCGUCAAUAGGAGGGAGGCGCUGUUCGUGCUGGCGCAGCUCGGGCGGAAGCUCGAGAGCCUGCCGGCGGACCUCGCCGCCGCCGUGGAAGGCGGCCGCGUCCCCGGGGAGAUCGUGCGGCAGUUCGCGGACCUGGAGAACUCGCCCGUGUUCAGGUGGCUGCUGCAGUUCGGCGGCUUCAAGGAGCGCCUCCUCGCCGACGACCUCUUCCUCACCAAGGUCGCCAUAGAGUGCGGUGUCGGCAUCUUCACUAAGAGUGCUGCAGAGUAUGGGAAAAGGGGGGAGAACUUUGUCAAAGAGCUUGACUUUGUGGUUGCGGAUGUGGUCAUGGCAAUAGUUGCAGAUUUCAUGCUUGUAUGGCUUCCUGCUCCAACUGUGUCUCUGCAGCCACCACUAGCGGUGAAUUCUGGAUCCUUUGCUAAAUUCUUCUACAACUGCCCAGAUAAUGCCUUCCAGAUUGCUUUGGCUGGGACAUCAUACUCACUUUUGCAGAGAGUAGGAGCUAUUGUGAGGAAUGGUGCAAAGCUUUUUGCCGUGGGAACUAGUGCCUCUCUGAUCGGCACUGGUGUGACCAAUGCACUAAUAAAAGUAAGAAAGGUUGUCAACAAGGAUUUUGCCGGUGAAGUUGAGAAUAUCCCAAUUUUAUCAACCAGUGCUGCGUAUGGUGUAUACAUGGCAGUUUCUAGUAACCUCAGAUACCAGAUUUUGGCUGGAGUGAUUGAACAGCGGAUGCUCGAACCGUUACUGCACCGCCACAAACUAGUACUGAGCGCACUGUGUUUCGCAGUUCGGACAGGGAACACGUUUUUGGGUUCUCUACUGUGGGUCGACUAUGCCAGGUGGAUAGGCAUACAAUAGUCCCAAGCGUUGAGAUAAAUUUGCACAAAGCAUUAGCAAUAUCGGUUCUUCAUGUUUUGAUACAAUUGGUACACUACUCUUCUGGUUCACAGGAGGUACUUAGGACAGAUUUUGAUUCUUCUAAAAACAAGGGAAGCCCGAACAAAAAGGGUAAUAUGUCAAAUUAUCGCAAACAAGUGAUUGAGUUCUUUUUUAUGGCAUAUGUGAUAUGUUUGUUGAAUUGGAUAAGAUUCAGACAGUUUGAGUCA